ACAUUUCAUGUAUCUAUCUUUAUCAUCAUCUAGUGACAUAUUUUUUGAAGCCAGUGAAAAAUGCAGUCGCUAGCAGUUAACCUCCGAUCAACACCAUCGUUCCACUGCCGUUCUCCGCCGUAUCUCACCGCCAUUUCCGGCAGACCGACUUCACUCCGCAUUCGGAGUGUUCUUCAAUCACCAGCUCUAGUGGGGGAAGAAGCGGAGUUUGUUGAAGCAUCAAGGAAAGGGAAUCUGGUGCCGCUUCACCGAUGUGUAUUUGCUGAUCACUUAACUCCAGUGCUCGCUUACCGUUGUCUAGUGAAGGAAGACGAUCGAGAGGCCCCUAGUUUUCUUUUUGAGUCCGUGGAACCUGGUUUUCGAACUUCACAAGUGGGUCGAUACAGUGUGGUUGGGUCAAAUCCAUGUAUGGAAGUUAUUGCUAAAGAAAACAAUGUUACUAUUGUUGAUCACGAGAAAGGGAGUUUGACCGAGAAAGUCGUUGAUGAUCCUUUGGAAAUUCCAAGAAGUCUCUCAGAUGGUUGGAAGCCUCAACCUCUUGAAAGCCUUCCUGACACCUUUUGCGGUGGAUGGGUAGGUUACUUUUCAUAUGACACAGUUCGGUAUGUAGAGAAGAAGAAGCUCUUGUUUAUAGAUGCACCAAAAGAUGAUAGGAAUCUACCAGACAUUCAUCUUGGGUUGUAUGAAGAUGUGAUUGUAUUCGAUCAUGUACAAAAGAAAGCGUAUAUAAUUCACUGGGUGAGACUUGAUCAGUAUUCAUCUACUGAAGAAGCUUAUAACGAUGGGAUCAAACGGUUGGAGACAUUGGUCUCUAAAGUACAUGAUGUUGAUCUCAGUCCAAAGUUACUUCCGGGUUCUGUGGAACUAAGCACACACCAAUUUGGGAGGCCUCUGGACCAGUCGAACAUGACAAGAGAAGAAUACAAGGCAGCAGUACUGCAAGCAAAAGAACACAUUUUUGCUGGGGAUAUUUUCCAGAUUGUUUUAAGCCAACGGUUUGAACGCCGGACCUUUGCAGACCCAUUUGAAAUAUAUAGAGCAUUAAGAGUUGUAAAUCCAAGUCCAUACAUGACUUAUUUACAGGCUCGAGGGUGUAUCUUGGUUGGUGCAAGCCCGGAGAUUCUCACUCGUGUGAAAUCUAACACAGUGGUUAAUCGACCUUUAGCUGGGACUGCAAGAAGAGGAAGGACUUCAGAAGAGGAUGAAGAAUUAGAAAAGAAGCUGUUAAAGGAUGAGAAGCAAUGUGCAGAACACAUCAUGCUGGUUGACUUGGGGAGGAAUGAUGUGGGAAAGGUUACAAAAGCUGGUUCGGUUAAUGUGGAAAAGCUUAUGACCGUCGAACGGUACUCGCAUGUGAUGCAUAUAAGUUCCACAGUGACUGGGGAGUUGCUGGAUCAUUUGACUUGCUGGGAUGCCCUUCGUGCUGCACUUCCUGUUGGAACAGUUAGCGGGGCUCCAAAGGUGAAGGCUAUGGAACUAAUCGAUAAACUAGAAGUUACAAGACGUGGGCCCUAUAGUGGAGGGUUCGGGUGGAUUUCUUUUUCUGGGGAAAUGGACAUCGCUCUUUCUCUCAGGACCAUUGUUUUCCCAACUGCAGCUCGUUUUGAUACAAUGUAUUUGUACAAGGACGACACCAAGCGAAAACAAUGGGUGGCAUACCUGCAAGCAGGUGCUGGUAUUGUUGCAGAUAGUGUUCCAGACGAUGAGCAACAGGAAUGUGAAAACAAAGCAGCUGGUCUAGCCCGCGCCAUUGAAUUGGCUGAGUCUGCUUUUUGCAAGUGAGUCAAAAAUGUCUGUGUUGUUUAGGGUAUUGAAGGUCGAGAUCAAUAGGUCAGAAUCAGAUAGGAUUUAUAUGUUUUUGAAAAAUUAGAAAUGGGCUGUUGCAAAAACAGUUAUGGUGCCAGUUUAAUAUGAAAGAAUAGUUAUAGCUAAUUAGCUAGUGGUUCACAAGCUAGUUGUAAGUGUUAGAUUUCUUCCUUUUUUAAACCUAAUAAAACAGUCAUGUUGGGUUUUCUAGAUGAAAAA